CCCAGUUACGAUACCUCAAGAAUUCAUCUUCGAGGCCUUGGACAAGUCUGCACAUUGUGCUUGAGCUUUUCAAUAUGGCUACUCUAGAGGAGAAGCUGGACAAGAUAAGGUCUCCGAACCUUCAAAGCCAACAGCAGACUGUAGUUGUUUUAAAGGCGGUUGAGGAAACGCUGAAGGAACAGAAGACGACGCCCACCCCGACAGCGUACUUCGCUGCGCUGCUGGCCUUGCUGAAUCAGUCUAUUGAGGGCAAAGGCAAUAAAGAGCUCACCUCCCCUAUUAUAUACUUGCUCGACAUCGUCACUCCCUUCGCGCCCCAACCUAUACUUCGAGCCAAAUUUACCCAAAUAUUGACACUGCUCGCCCCCGUUCUCUUGUUAGCCGGCGCAGAUGCCCCAUUAUUGAAACCUUCAAUAGGGUGCCUCGAAACUCUUCUCCUUGCCCAAGAUUCAUCAGCAUGGAAGUUACCCACUAGCGAGGUCAGCCCGCGCAGAGCUGUCGCAGGACUUCUUCAUUUGGCACUGGAUCCCCGGCCGAAAGUACGGAAACGAGCCCAAGAUGCUUUGCGUAAAGUUCUCAAGAAUCCGCCGCCCAGUCCCUCGCUCGACCACCCCGCGUCAGAUCUAUGCGCCGAGACGGCUAUGAGCAGUUUGUCUGAUCUAGCUGCCAAAGCUGCCUUGUCGAAGAAACAGAGGAAAUCCUCCGCGGGAGACCACGAUCCGGCCUUGAUACAUGCUCUUCAACUUGCAAAGACAAUAGCCGUAGCUUGUGGAGGCUGGCCUAGCCGAAAUCUUGAGUCUUUGUGCGAGCUUUUGCUUAGCAUCGCCAAAGGUGGAAAUGAGCACAUGACAAUGGCUGUUUUUGAUAUUUUUGAGAUGAUAUUUGAGGGCAUGGCUGAUGAAGUCGCUUCGGCGAAACUUCCGCGUCUCCUCGAAAUUAUCUCCGAAAUGAGACCCGCUGCUCACGAUACCCAACUACUUCCGCCGUGGAUAGCGAUUUUAUCCCGUGGAUACGACGUGUCUGCUCAGAUUGAACCCGAGGACACAUUUCAGAAACUACCCGACUUGUUCGCAAUGAUCUCAGAGUUCAUGGAUUCAUCUUCACACAACAUUCGAGUCUCUGCUUCUGAGUGCUUGAUCUCUUUUGUUGCAAAUUGUAUACCAGAUCAGGUCAUUAUUGAACCUUCAAUCUAUGAUGAGAAGACACUGGAAAAAAUUGCGAAGCUUGCGGAGGGCCUUAUUAGUGUAAAGUAUCAGGCCGCAUGGAUGGAGACAUUCAACGUCCUCGGCGCCAUAUUUGAUACUUUGAGGUGGCGGGCUGAGCCUAUCAUGCGCAAUGUUGUACGAACCAUUGGAGAUAUUCGUGGUAAUGAUUCAUUUGUGGGCAAGAAGCAAGCAGACGAGGUUAUCGGUAAGGCUAUCCGCGCAAUGGGCCCGGAGGCGGUUCUGUCAGUCCUUCCCCUCAACCUCAUCAAACCUGUUAAGGGACAGGCUGGCAGGGCGUGGAUGCUACCCAUUCUACGAGAUUACACAUGCAACACCAAUCUUCAGCAUUUUAGAACUGAGUUUAUACCAUUAAGCGAGGCCAUGUUUCAACGCGUACUUGAUCACGGUGAAGCUGCGAAAACAAUGGAGGUCAAGAUCUACGAGACUCUCGUAAAUCAGACUUGGUCCAUUCUUCCUGGUUAUUGCGAUCUUCCCCUAGACUUGACUACGUCUUUUGAUCAAAGUUUUGCGGAGAUGCUCGCCAACCUCCUAUACAAGCAAGUCGAUUUGAGACUUGACGUAUGCCGAGCCCUCAGAUCGUUGGUAGAAUCAAACCAGGCUAUUGUUUCUAUUGUGGAUGAGGAUAGCUUGCUUCUACAAAGCAGGGUGUCCAAGGCUGACGCGCAGAAAAACUUGGCCUACCUGGGUGAGUUUGCUGGGAAUCUCCUAGCUGUUCUAUUCAACGUCUACAGUCAAACGCUCCCUCAAUCUCGAGGGCCCAUACUACAAACGAUAAAUGCAUACCUCAGUAUUACAUCCGAAAACGAGUUAGUUGGGACUUUUGAUCGGGUCAGCACAAUGCUUGCCACAGCAAUCAACGAGAGUAGCAAUGGGGAGACUAAGAACAAACCACAGAAUUCACAGGAUAAGAUGCCCUCAACAAGCCAGACACUUAUGGAUUUGGUCAUUACCAUGUCUGCGUAUCUACCACGUCAAAGCUUCGGUGCUCUCUUCAACAUUGCUUCCUUGAUCAUCGUAAAGGACGAUGAGCCCCAACUGCAGAAGAAAGCAUAUAAGUUAAUACCAAGACUUGCCGACUCAGACAUUGGGAAAGUUGCACUUAGAGAAAAGCAUGCCGAGCUCCAAAACCUCCUUCUCUCGAGUGCCGAGAAGGUUUCAGCCCCAGCUCGACGAGAACGACUAGCUGCUAUGGCUGCCCUGAUUCCCUUCAUCCCUGAUGAAUCACUUCACUUCAUCCCCUCCGUUCUAUCUGAGGUGGUAAUUUGCUGCAAAGAAAACAAUGAAAAAGCUCGAACAAUCGCAUACGACCUUCUAGUGACUAUGGGCCGGCGACUGGAAGAAGCCAAAGGGAAACAGAUUGAUAAUAGCAAAGUACCUCAUAUGCCAGAUGAUUCACCAUCUGUAUCUGCAAGCAUAGAAGAGUUCUUCACCAUGGUUAGCGCUGGGCUUGCAGGAAGCACGCCACAUAUGAUUUCGGCCUCAAUCACUGCUUUAACCCGCAUCCUAUACGAAUUUAGAGAAGUGGUCAAUUCAGAAGUAUUAAGCGAUCUUGUACAGACUAUGGAUCUCUUCCUGACCUCAAACAACCGAGAGAUCGUGAAGAGUGUCCUGGGAUUCGUCAAGGUCUGUGUUAUCAGUUUACCAACAGAGAUGAUGCUUCCCCGGCUGCAAACAAUGGUACCGAAUCUCUUGGUUUGGUCACAUGAGCACAAGGGUCAUUUCAAAGCCAAGGUCAAGCACAUUGUGGAAAGAAUGGUUCGUCGCUUUGGCUUCGAACCUGUCAACAAGUGCUGCCCCGAGGCAGACAAGAAAUUGUUGACCAACAUUCGCAAGACUAAGGAGCGCAGCAAGCGGAAGAAGGAGGCUGCUAAAGCACAAGGUAACGAGGACGAUCAACAGAGCAGUAAACGACGCGGUCGCUUUGAAAGCGAAUAUGAUGAGGCGUUAUAUAGUAGCGAUUCCGACGCAUCUGAGGACUCCGAUGUCGAAAUGGCUAGCACAUCACGCAAAGCUAAGAAGGGGAACGACGCAUACAUCAUGGAAGACGAAGACGAGCCGCUCGAUCUGUUGGAUCGCAAUGCACUAGCUAGCAUUUCAUCCACCAAGCCGGGCAAGAUACGCAAGGCCAGCAAGACGAAGAUGAAGACAGACAUGGACGGCAAGCUCAUCGUAGGCGCAGAUAGCGACGACGCAGAUGAUGAUGCCAUGGUCGUCGAUACACCCGGUGACGAAGAUACUAGCGGCGUAGGCGCCUAUGUCGCGGCACUGAAGGGCAAGGACGCUGGACGCAGGGGUCGUGGUGGACGCCUCAAAUUCUCCAACAAACGCGGCCAGACUGAUGAUGAAGACGAGGAGAUGGAUGUUGACGACAGAGAAGUUUCGACAAUCAAAUCGCAUGUAAAUAGAGGUAGGGGUGGCGGUCACUUCCGUGGAGGACGUGGCGGUGGUGGCAUGCGUGGAGGCAGGAGUGGCAGAGGCGGCAUUGCGUCUGGUAGACGCGGUCUCGGCGAGGACAAGAGGCGGGGCCCAGCGGGUGGCUUUGGCAGUGGGAAGGUCUUCAAACCAAAGUCGCCCGGUAGGAGGUAAAGGCUGGAUGACUCUCGCUUCACCAAUUUGAUACCCACUCUCGCGUUUCCAUGAACUGGUAUUAAGGAGAAGCUAUAGUGACAAGCUGCUUAUCAUGACCCUUUUUUUUAUCGGCGUUGGAGGGAGUGUUCUGGGACGACAAAAUAGAUCAACGGAAAGUUUAACCAGUGAGGAGCUCAACUAAUUGAAAUUGAGCUGUGUUAUUUCGACUUGCUUCUGAUCACGUCUGAAUACACACAAAAUAGCGAGGUGAUAGAAGUUUAUAUA